UUAGUUCGUGUAUGUAUUUCUAGUGAAAUAUUUUUUGCGAAAUUAUACAUACUAUUCAAAAAUUUUCAUUAGUUGCAACUACAUAAGUUUUGUAUUAAAUAAAUUCACUAUAAAAUAAUUUGAUUCUCAAAGGAGCAAGCUGAGUUGGGUUGACGCGUCUGAGUGAAUCAUUGUCGUUGUUGUAAUUCACAGCACAACAACAAAUUAGCACUUUGCUAAAUAGAAAGAUAAAACAGGAAGUAAAUUGCGGUUGAAAGCGUUAGUUAAUUACAGCAUUACAAAGAAGGUGAAAAAUGGCGACGGUGGAUGUAACGCGAUCGGAGCUUCAAGAGCUGCAGUUGAAAGGGGCUCAAGUGGCCGAUGAGUCUCUAGAAAGUACCAGAAGGAUGGUAAAUUAUAUGGAGGAGAGCAAGGAGGCUGGUAUACGUACAUUAGUGGCUUUAGAUGAUCAAGGUGAGCAAUUGGAGCGCAUUGAGGAGGGUAUGGACCGAAUUAACGCUGAUAUGCGUGAGGCUGAGAAAAAUCUAAGUGGAAUGGAGAAAUGUUGCGGCCUUUGUGCGAUGCCUUGGAAAAAAGUAAGCAUUAAGGAUGACGGUGGUAAUGCUUGGAAGGCUAAUGAUGAUGGCAAAAUAGUUAACCAUCAACCGCAGCGAAUAAUUGAUGAACGUGAAAGAGGAGGCAUAGGAGCUCCGCCACAAACUGGCUACGUUGCUCGUAUUACUAAUGACGCCCGCGAAGAUGAGAUGGACGAAAAUUUAGGUCAAGUGAAUUCGAUGUUAGGUAAUUUACGGAACAUGGCUUUGGAUAUGGGUUCAGAACUGGAGAAUCAGAACAAACAAAUCGAUCGUAUUAACGCCAAAGGUGAUGCAAACAAUGUGCGAAUGGAUGGCGUUAACAAACGCGCCAACAACUUGCUCAAAAGUUAAAGAGGAUUUCUUCGAUGGUUUCCUAUAUUCGAACUCAAUCAGAAG